CAUGUUAAUUUAUAUCUAUGGAGAAGCAGCCUGCACUAAUCCCGGUUUCCCCAAAAGGCAUCAGUACUAUUUUGUGAUGAUAGAUGCAGAAGGGAGAAAGGCCGGCAAAAGAGAAGAUAAAAUGUCAAAAGACGGUGGCUGCCACCACCUGUGCCACCACCUCCUGUAUCAGAAUCAAGUUGUCAUUUGGUUGAUACUAUUAGUGGUUGCUGCCGAUCUAUCCCUCGUCCUAUAUCGCUCAGCUUUCAGUAACAAUCCUUCAUCCCAGCACUUCACUUUUGGACAAGAAAAUGAUUCCUCCUCCUCAAGUCAAGAUGGUGAUUCCAAAGUAGAAGGAGACUUAUCCUUCCAGAAGUCAACCAGCCCUGAAGGUGAUACAUCUGCUCCAUCUUUAAGCUCUAGUGCUCAGUCAAGCAAUGGAAAUCGAUCUUCUCCAACUGAGUCUGUGCAAGGGAACUUAUCUCCCCAGGUUAACCAAGAAAAUGAAGAAACCAAGUUGGAGAGAGUAUUAUCUAAGGCAGCCUCGGCAGACAAAACUAUCAUUUUUACAACAAUAAAUGAAGCAUGGAUAACUCCAGAAGGGGUAGACUUUUCUGGUAGGGCAAAUUAUAUGAGCCCACAAUACAUGAAGAUGAUGUGGAGAAGACUUGAUUUCAUGCGUACCAUUCUUGAGCUAGGAUACAGUUUCAUUUUCACGGACACUGAUAUAAUUUGGUUUAGAGAUCCAUUUCCACAUUUUUAUGAGGAUGCAGAUUUUCAAAUUGCUAGCGAUCAAUAUGAAUUCACCUCUACUGAUAUGCGUAACCGACCAAACGCAGGUUUCAUGUAUGUGAGGUCAAAUAGCAUAACUCUCCAGUUUUACAAGUUUUGGUGCGGGUCCAAGAAAACUUAUCCUGGUAAGAAUGAGCAAGAUGUUCUUAAUAUUAUCAAAUUUGAUCCAUUCAUCAAGAGGAUUGGAUUAAAGAUCAGAUUCUUGGAUACAGCUUACUUUAGUGGAUUUUGUCAGCCAAGUAAGGAUCUGAAUGUGCUUUGCACAAUGCAUGCAAAUUGUUGUGUUGAUGUACAUAAAAAAAUUCAUGACCUUCGGUUGGUGAUUGAUGACUGGAAAAAGUACAUGGCAUUGCCAAGCAACAGAAAGAAACGAUACUCUUGGACACAGAGAAAAUAUUGUGUAUAAAUUGUAUUUUUGUUGCGGUGACUUUCCAUUUGUAAUUUGGAAACAGAUAGUGAAAAUUAUUCUAUCAAAAGUUUUCCGUAGUUAUUUUCA